GGACAUUUGUUAUCGCAGGUCCCCGUUUCUUCCUCAAAGUUCUCUGUGUCUUCAUUUCUCAUCGUCUGUAUGCUUUUUUUUUUUUUUGUUUUUCUCUGUCCUCUUUAUAUCCAUUAGAAAUUUUAAAGUAAGAAGCAGGUAAAAGAUGGGUGGUAAUACUCUUGUUUCUCUUGAAGAUGAUGAUCAUAUUCACCAUGAAAAUAACAUUUCAGGGUUUUUUGGGGAAGAAGAUUUUCUUGAUCAUCACCAUCAUCAUCAUCACUCCUCCGAUGCAUCAUCCAUCUAUUUUGAUGAUAUUGAAUCUGAUGAUAGCCCCGAAUCAUCCCAUGAUCCAGAGGAAAGGACCCAAUACUGGGACUCACAAGAAUCACUGCUCCAGGAAAUCCUGGAGCAUUAUAGCUCAACUGGUUCAAAGUUGAGGCAAGAGCUUAUCAGAAUCAUAGAGAUGGUAAGAGAGAUUGAUUUCUGUGAAUGUCCCAAGCUACACUCCCAUGGUUGUGCUAAGUGUCUGCGCCGAAGAGUUGUUCAUCUGCUGUGCAACAAAAGAUUCAAUGCCACUCUUUUUACUUCCAAAUGGAAGCACUCUCAAAAACUUCCUGGAGGGACACAUGAGUAUAUUGAAGUGAUUGCAAGCACACAAGGGAGAAAAAAACAAGGUCCUAUGUUGAUUGAAUUGGAAUUCAAAGAUCAAUUCAAGAUGGCAAUAGCAUGUGAUGAGUACCACAGAUUAAUCGACCAGUUGCCGGAGAUAUUCAUUGGCAAACCCGAGCACCUGGACGCCAUUGUUCGCGUAGUCUGCGAUGCAGCCAAGAGAUCAGCAGCAGAGAAGGACAUUCACAUGGGUCCAUGGAGAAAGAGGAGCUUCAUGCAGAUGAAAUGGUCAGCUUCUAACAAGAGAUUAUUGUCUCAUGAACAGUCUUCGAAUGAACUUCCAAUGACCUCCUCAGCAAGGCAAGUUCAUGUACCUACUACUGUCAGAUCCUUCUUUCAGUUUUCUACUGCCGUUGAAGUCGCCUAAAAUAGUCAUGAAAAUGCUACAAAUCUUGGUACAAAAUUUUGCUACUCUCCUUUUGGGCUAAUGUACCUAUAUAGUACUACCAAUGUUUGAGCGAGUACCCUAAUAUUGCUUGUGGGAGUGUCAUUAAAUGACGAUGGCAGAGGCAGGAACGAUAGGUCGACCCUAUAGUACUGCAGAGCUUUAUUUUUAUUUUUAGGAUAAUGAAGUACCAAUUCACUCGUUAAUCACUUUAAACUCUCGGAUAGAUGCAACUGCCCAUUUUCGUUAGAAUGUUGGUGUUGGCUUGUGGCUGAUAACAAUUAUUGGAGCUAUAAUAGGAGACCUUUGAAUGGUGGUAGAGUAUGCAUAAUGCUCAUGGAGUGCGUUUUGUAUUUUUAUAUGAAGGUGUAGAGUACGAACUUAUUAUUAUAAUCUUCACAAUUCUCAAUUUAGAAUUA